AUGCAAAAGAAGGAAGAAUCUUUAAAAUGGGAAAAUUUAAGAUAUGAUUUACAUCAGUGGCUAAAAGAAGCUAUUAUAUCAAUGGGAUAUCCUACGAUGACUCCAGUACAAGCAUCUACUAUACCUCUUUUAUGUGGAAAUAAAGAUGUCGUAGUUGAAGCAGUAACUGGAUCAGGUAAAACACUUGCAUUUUUAAUACCAGUGUUACAGAAAAUAUCUACUACAUUAUUCGAGAAAGAUGAAGACGGAAUGAUUCAACCUUUAAAAAGAGGUCAUAUGUUAUCUAUUAUAUUAUCACCAACUAGAGAAUUAGCUAAACAGCUACAAUUAGUAUUGAAUCAAGUACUCGAAUAUUUACCAGAUGAUUUACCCAAGAUUAAAACACAAUUACUUGUUGGUUCAUUAGGUAAAGUAAGAGAAGAUGUUGAAUUUUUCUUACAAGAACAACCACAAAUUUUAAUUGCAACACCAGGUCGUAUGCUAGAUUUUUUAAGUUCUCAAUAUGUUAAAACUUCAAGUUUGGAAAUUGUGGUACUAGAUGAGGCUGAUAAAUUAUUAGAUUUUUCAUUUGAAAAAGAUGUGGUCAAUAUACUAAAAAGAUUACCUAAACAAAGAAGAACAGGAUUGUUUUCAGCAACUCUAUCAUCUGCCGGGGAUUCAAUUUUCAAGACAGGUAUGAAUAAUCCAGUUAAAAUUCAAGUUAAAUCAAAGAAUUCAAGUGGUGAAAUAAAUCAAACUCCACAAUCUUUAACGUUAUCAUAUAUGAUGAUUGAUCCAGAAUAUAAAUUAACUACAUUAUUACAAUUAUUAUCAACUUCACAAUUUAAAAAAUCAAUAGUUUAUUUUCCAACAUGUACUUCAGUCAAACAUUUCUACCAUGUAUUCCAAAAGCUCAAUCCCGAUGAUAAUCUAGUGUUUUUUUCAUUACAUGGUCAAUUAAAUACAAAAUCAAGGAUGAAAACAUUGGAAAAAUUUAUAGAAGGUGAUUCAAAUAUGAAUAAAUUUAUAUUAAUGACCACGGAUGUUGCAGCUAGAGGAAUAGAUAUACCUGAUGUAGAUUUAGUUAUUCAAUUAGAUCCGCCUACUGAUCCAAAUGUAUUUUUACAUCGUUGUGGUAGAACAGGAAGAGCAAAUAAAGUAGGUACAGCCAUAGUAAUGUUGAAUAAUAAUAGCCAAGAAGAAGAUUAUAUAGGAUUUAUGGAGGUUAAGAAUAUAAUUAUGGGGAAAUUAAACACUCCAAUACUGAAGAAACAUAAUUCAUUUCAAAAGAAGCUAACAUCAUAUAUGCUUGAAGAUAGGGCAAGACAUGAACUAGCUGUAAAAUCAUACGUUGGUUUCAUAAGAUAUUAUUCUAAACACUCAGCAAGUUCAAUUUUUAGAUUGGCAAGUCUUGAUUAUUUAGGAUAUGCUAAAAUGUAUGGCCUAAUUAGAUUACCUAAAAUGCCAGAGACGAAAUAUAUUGAUAAUGAUAAAAUUCCAGAAGAUGGUUGGCUUAUAGAACCUAUAUGUAUGGACAAAUAUGCAUAUUUAGAUAAAGCUCAAGAGAAAUCAAGAUUAGAGAAUUUGGAAAAAGAAAAAGAACAAAAAAUAGCUGAUGCUAAACGAAGAAAAGAUCUAAAGGUUAAGAAUGAAGCUUGGUCAACUAAAGUGGAAAAGAAAGAAACUAAACAAGAACGUAAGGAGAAAUUAAAAAGAAAGAGAGAAUUAAUUGAGAAACAAUUACUUGAAAAUCCUUCAUCUGAUGAAGAAGAAGUUCAACAAGAUUGGAAAGAAGAAGUACGAAAGAAUAAAAAGAAGAAAGCAAAUUCAGAAAUGCAAGGCUCAUUUGACGAUUUAUAG